AUGACGGUGCUGACCGUGCAGAUCGGCCAAUGCGGCAACCAGCUGGGCCAGGCGUUCCUCGACACGAUCUUCAAGCACGUCAGCUCGGCAAAGAACGAAGGCUUCAGGGCGAAGCUGGCGGACAUGUACUUCGAAGAGGAGUGCCACUAUGGAAACAACCUCCUACCAGUGAUACAGUAUGCAGAAAACAACAAAGGUAGGAAGUCGCUCCUAAGCGAAAGCAACGAAGUGAUGUGUUUGAAUAAUCACAUAGCGAGGUCCAUCCUAAUCGACAUGGAGCCGAAGGUUAUUGAAAAGUGCCUGUACCAGACUGCCGCCGACGAGAGGAGAGCCCCCCUGGACAGUACGAAUUACAACAAAAGGAACUUCAUUUACGGCCUGAACGGGUCAGGCAAUAAUUGGUCCUACGGAUUUAAUGUGCACGCAAAAAACAUAUGCGAGGAUUUCCUCAAUUUGAUACAAAAAGAAAUGGAAAGUAACGACAGCAAAGAAGGAGUAGAUAACAUCAUCCUAUUUCAUAGUCUCGCAGGAGGAAGUGGAAGUGGAAUCAGUUCCUAUCUCUCGUAUCUACUAAAGGAUGAAUAUCCAUCAGUCAACCUCCUCAAUGUGUGUGUCUUACCCUACAUGUUUGGGGAAAUCAGUGUACAGAGCUUAAAUUCGGUACUCUGCUUAUCAUCUCUGUAUGACUCCUCCGAUGCUAUUGUACUUUUCGAAAAUGACAAAUUUGAGUUAAUGUGCAAAAGGAUGAACAAUGAAAAUAUUAACACAGAGGAAAUAAAUCGACACAUUAGUCUCUUCCUCACAUAUACCCUUGGGUUGCCUCUAGACUCUGCUAAUGCGAUGGGGAGUGGUGGGUCCAAGUACACCAAUGCUAUGAACUCCAUCCUGACUGACCUUUGUAGCCACCCCAGUUAUAAAUUGCUCACUACUCGAUAUCUGCCACAAGUCUUCGAGGAAAAUAUGAAGUUCGAACAGAACACGUUCAGCAUGCUUCUUAAGCGUAUGCAUAAGAUGGUUAUUAAUGGACGCAUCGUUGACUAUGACGCGCCGCACGGGUGUGGUGGGCGCUCUCUCCCAGCGGAGAACUCCACCGUUGACUUGCACUUCGUUCGACUCUCCUCCAGGGAUCUACACAAGAGCUGCGCCUUUUUGAAGCGCGUGCACAUCCCGCUGCACCUGCGGGAGUCCCUCAGCAAGUCCUACGUCAGCGUGCAGCAGAACUGCGUCCUUCUGCGUCGGGGCCCGAAGAGUUAUUCAGCGCGCACUCAGGGGUCUCGUCCUCCCCACGAAUCCACACGUGGACCCCCCCCUAGUCGUAUGCACCAGGGGAACGGGCCCACAGAAGGACCAUUAGCUAGCACCCACUUCCGACACAACAAUGUAGUGUUUGGGUCCAAAAUGAUACUCCGUGGAGAGCUCCAAGAAAAUAUCAACUUCGAUUUGUUUAAGAGUCACGUGCUGUACAACCACAGGUCUAUCAGCCCGAUGGAGGUCUACAUUGACGAGAGCAGGGACUUCAGCUAUAACAGCUUGGCGAUGGUGUCGAACUGCCUAACCCCGGUACCUACACUGAAGAAAAUUUUGCAGAGUGCCAAGAUGCUCUACGGCACCAAUGCGUACAUGUACCAGUACAACAGCUACGGCGUGUCGCAUGACCACGUGCACAGCUCGCUGAUGGCGAUCGAUCAGGUCAUCAGCGCGUACGAGGGGCUGUCCUGCGAGGGGUAG